UGUCUCUUCUCAGCGUUGACAAGCGCUCAGACAGUGUGCCACAGCGAUCAGUAAAAGAUCAUGGAGCAUUUGGCAAGACACACAUCGUGGCUGUUUCUUAUUUUGAUUUGGUCUUCAGUGGAAUGCCAUAAGAAUCAGUUCAGGGUGUUAGGCUUGCAGUAUGCCACUCUCAAUCAGAGGUUCCAGCUGGAGACGAAGUUGUUACAGGACGACCUCGCAACAGCUGCAGCUGACAUCGAAGAUCUGAAGGAGGACAGCGCUAGAAUAAUUCAACUGUUCGAAGUCUUCACUAAUGAAAUCAGAGAGCUGCAGAAUGUUAUAUCGACAGACAAGUUAACUAUUCAGAGCCUCGAGAGAGAUGUUAAGCAUCUUCAUAACCAACUUGAAAACUUUAAAACAAAAACAGGAGAGACUUUUGAUAGGAGCCGUCAUAUAUGCAAUAGCACCUUGCAUUCAAGUCCUUCCGAAAGGUGUAUGUGUGAGUAUACAUGUAAAACUAACGAAACUAAGGUGUUUAAGGUUAAAGAGGCGGAACAUGAAGUGACCGAUUCAGCAGAGGGAAGGGGGAAUGAAACUGGAAAUAGAGGUGUUCAUGUCCUUGUUGCAAAGUAUGGAGACUCUAAAGCCUAUGUCGUGAAUACUGGCGAGAGGAAGCCUGUGUGGAGGGUUGGACAUCUUGGAAGCGGUGUCAGAGCCAUCACAGUGGACUCAGGAAACAGGAGAAUGUACUGGUCUGACGACCACAGGAAAGUUAUCAUGGCAUCUGACUUGGACGGUAACAACUUAACGGUCAUCGCGAGGAAUGUGACCACAUUGGGACUUGGAAUAGACGUUGAACAACAGUUCCUCUUCUAUACGAAUGUGUCAGGAGAUUUGUACCUGAACAGAAUGAAUUACCAAACAGAAUCUGGAUUGUUGUGGGCACGUAUUGGGGAUAAGCCAAGACGCAUUUUCAUAGACACACGUGGUAAAUUUGUCUAUGCCAUUAUUAACGAGUGGACUAGCAUAGAACGACGAAAUUACGAAAACAGGAUGGGAGAAGUUGUGGUUAACGUAAAAGGGAGGAUUAAAGCAUUUGUUGUUGACCUGGAAACAAGUAUUUUAUAUUUUAGUGUGAAUUCUUCCAUAUUUGCCAUAGAUUUGAAACAGAUCGAUAAACCAGCUUCCGCAAUAUUUCACGGCACUGCCAUGCCCUCUGAUUUGGUCAUCUCUGGGAGAUUCAUGUAUAUUGUAUAUUAUUACUUUAACAAGAUUGAUAUAAUGGACAUGCUGUCUAUGACCCUAACUCAAGCUAUCUAUAUCCCAUGGACGGGUCAAGGAAAUACUGUUUCAAUGUGUCUUUUUAAAGUCAAUUGAACCCAAUGUGAUCAUUCACAUUGACAGACAGUUAUAAUGUACGCUGUAUAUGUCCUACAUAUAUAGUUCUGGCAAUUGUUACUGUUGUCAUAUAUAAUUAUUAUUUAUAAAUGAUAAAAAAGAUAUAAUUACGUUGAUGUAGACUACAUGUAUAUGGCUUUACAAAUUGAUCUUCUGUCAACACAAAGCAUUACUUAUGCCGUUUUAAUGUAAUCCCAUGUGACAUGUUUCGAGCGUCACCUUUGGGUUGUGCUUUAUGACAAAUUAAAGCAGACGCUUCAAAGUCCACUGAAGAUAGCAAAGUGUUCGGCACAGUUUUGUUUCAAAUUAAGCUACACGAGGGAAGAUAUUAAAUAUGUAAUGAAAACAUACCUUAAAACUUUCUUUUUCGCUAAUGCACAUUUAAAUCAAAUUUAGGGGGCACGGGUGGCCCAGUCGUCUAAGGCAACGCGAUUUGCUGUGCAGAGUUGCGUCCCUUUGGCACGCCAGAAACCUAUGAUUGUGGGUUCGAAUCCCGG